GCUGUGCAACUGCCACGGUAUUAAAACUCGGUAUCACGAGCGACGGUGGCGCCAUCUGACCAUCAACCGUACUGUAUGAACGUACGUACGUGGUCGUCGUAGCCGUAGCCGUAUCUCCUAUCUCGUAUAUCCCCGAAGUUUUCAUGCCAGUACCGCGGAUUUCAUCAAUCUGGGAUCUCUUUUCCCUCUUCAGUUCUAUUCUGCCAUUAAAAAACCAGCCUUUGACGGUGCAGCGUAACUUGCCAAGUAAACCCGAAAAUGGCUAAACUUGUAGCCAAAAUUGGACCUGCAUUACAAACUGCAAUGACAAAUGCUCGCCCUGGGUUGAACACUGCAUGGAAGUAUGCCAGAAGCGAAUUGCGACCCCCGACUCCCGGAGAAAUUCCGCAAGGGAUUGCUGGUAUUUCGGGAGUAAUUGCUGGUGUCGGCCGAAGAAGCUGGCGUAAACUUACCGUCAAAGAAGCUUGGCUGAACACACUUGUGGGUAUUGAGAUAGCAUGCUGGUUUUUCGUCGGAGAAGUUAUUGCAAGGCGUAAUUUAAUUGGAUACGGACCUGGUUGGGGAUACAAGGGUCAUCAUUAAGUUUCAUGCAGUUAUAUACCUGUGUUCGGGACUCUGUGAAGUACAAAAUUGAGUAGCGUGUUUGUGAAUAUGGCCUGAGAAAUGCCAGGUACGGUUUAUCGUUUAUGACUUCAGUUACGAGUGUGUGUGCUGAUAAAUUUUUUUUAUUUUAGCUGUUGUGUAGAUUUGAAUAAACGGCUUUUACUCUUACUGGUGUGGCUGUUUGUUACCGCUCUGCAUUUAUCAAUAACAAUAUAAUAUUA